UUAAUAUAGUGCUGUAAAGAGUGUGAAAGGAAGACUUCGAAGAAGACUUUCUGAUUUGGUUUUCGUUUUACUUGUUUGUCAUCUGCCAUGAAUUUAUAUUGAAUAAAAAACCGAGAAACACACACAAACACCCUCUGAGUAUAUCAUCAAAGAAUUAUGGUUUUUUCCAUAGUUCUUUUAUUUUAUUUUAUGUUUUCCACUUUUACAAUAAUCUCCAAUGCGGUAGAAUUACACACCAUAACUACAACUCAAUCUCUUACUGAUGGACAAACCAUGGUCUCUUCAGAUGGAACAUUUGAACUGGGAUUUUUCAGCCCCUCAGGUAGUACUUCCAGGAAUCGAUACUUGGGAAUAUGGUACAAGAAAAUAUCUAAUGGGACUGUGGUUUGGGUUGCCAACAGAGAUACUCCACUUACUGAUGCAUCAGGAGGAGGUGUCUUGAAGCUAACUGAUGGAGGAAUUCUCGUGCUCGUCAAUGUCAAUAGUACAAACACCAGCUUCUGGUCUUCUUCAAAUUCGUCAUCAAAUAACAACAUAGUGAACCCAGUUGCACAGCUUUUGGAUUCGGGUAAUCUUGUUGUCAGAGAUGCAAAUGAUGAGAAUUUCUUGUGGCAGAGUUUUGAUUAUCCAUGUGACACUUUGUUGCCGGGCAUGAAGCUUGGAAAGAACUUAGUAACCGGAAUUGAUCGGCAUCUAUGGUCAUGGAAGUCCAGUGAUGACCCUUCUAAAGGUGAGUAUUCUUAUGGAAUUGAUCUUCGUGGAUUCCCACAAUUAGUCCUCCUAAAAGGUUCGGUUGAGAAAUACCGUUCUGGACCAUGGAAUGGUCUCCGCUUUAGUGGCUCCGUGGGUUUACUACCAAACAGCAUCUACACAUACCGUUUUGUUUUUGACCAGCAGGAAGUGUAUUAUGAAUAUGAGCUUAUUAAUAGCUCAGUUUUCUCACGGCGGGUUUUGAAUCAGAAUGGAAUACUACAGCGCUUGACAUGGAAUUAUAAAACACAGGAAUGGACAGUUUACGUGAAUACACCAUCAGAUAACUGUGAUUUUUAUGGGCUGUGUCAGGCCUAUGGUAUCUGCAGCAUUGCUAACUCCCCGGUGUGUGGGUGUCUUGAUAAAUUUGGUCCAAGGUACCCAAAAGAUUGGGGCACAGCAGAUUGGUCAAGUGGGUGUGUUCGAAAAACACCCUUGGAUUGCCACAAUGAAUCAUCAAAUGGAUUUAUCAAGUAUUCCAGUGUUAAAUUGCCUGACACGCGGAAUUCCUGGUUUAAUAGGAGCAUGACCCUCAAGGAAUGCGAAACAGUAUGCUUGAAAAAUUGUUCUUGUAUGGCUUAUGCAAAUAUAGACAUAAGAGAAGGAGGAAGUGGCUGCUUGCUCUGGUUUGAAGACCUGAUUGAUAUUAGGGAGCUCACAGAAAUUGGACAAGAUAUUUACAUAAGAAUGGCCUCCUCUGAGUUAGUCUCCGAAGUUGGCUCCAAAUCCAAUAGGAAGAUGCGAAAGAAAGUCAUAGUCAUCUUGGCUUUACUAGCAGGAGUGUUAGUGCUGGGCCUAACCUUGGCCUUGUAUGUUUGGAUGAAGAAGCAUCAAGAGCAAAAGUUAAAUAGAGGAGAAAGUUUGGAUCGUGGCUUGGAACAAUGUCACACUAAUGAAAGCCACAAGGAAGAUCUAGAGUUGCCAAUGUUUGACUUAUCAACAAUAGCUGAUGCUACCAAUAACUUCUCAAUCAGCAAUAAACUUGGAGAGGGUGGAUUUGGACCUGUUUACAAGGGUAUUCUGGAAGAGGGAAAGGAAAUAGCAGUGAAGCGUCUGUCAAAAUAUUCCACACAAGGAAUUGAUGAGUUCAAGAAUGAAGUUAUCUGUAUAGCAAAGCUCCAGCAUCGAAAUCUCGUGAAGCUUCUAGGAUGCUGCUUUCAAGGAGAAGAAAAGAUGUUGAUCUAUGAAUACAUGCCUAACAAAAGUUUGGAUUUAUUUAUUUUUGAUCAAACCCAAAGCAAAUUACUGGAUUGGCCUAGGCGCUUUGACAUUAUCAAUGGGAUUGCUCGGGGACUUCUUUAUCUUCAUCAAGAUUCCCGACUGAGAAUCAUCCAUAGAGAUCUCAAAGCUAGCAAUAUUUUGCUAGAUGUUAACUUGAUCCCUAAAAUAUCAGACUUUGGCAUGGCUAGAAGUUUUGGAGAAAAUGAGACUGGAGCAACUACGAAAAGAGUGGUUGGAACACACGGCUACAUGUCCCCAGAGUAUGCUGUAGAUGGGAUUUUCUCUGUAAAAUCAGAUGUAUUUAGCUUUGGAGUUUUGGUAUUGGAGAUGGUGAGUGGAAAGAGGAACAGAGGUUUUUUUCAUCCUGAACACCACCUUAACCUUCUUGGCCAUUCUUGGAGACUUUUCAAGGAAGGCAGGUCCUUGGAACUGGUAGAUGCACCUCUCGGAGAAGACUCGUGCUGUUUGUCCCAAGUUCUACGAUCAAUCCAUAUUGCUCUAUUAUGUGUGCAACAAUUUCCAGAAGAUAGGCCGAACAUGUCAUCUGUGGUUCUGAUGCUUGGUAGUGGGAGUGCAUUGCUUCAGCCUAAACAGCCUGGUUUUUACACUGAAAGAACUUUUCCAGAAAUUGAUUAUUAUACGUCAAGCAAGCAGACAACAAGUUCAGUUAAUGAAAUCACCAUGACAGUAUUAGAGGCUCGAUAAAAAAUAAUAAAAAAAAACACACAAUGUAUUUGUGUUUUGUAUGUUCUUUAAUUUGUGAACAAACCAUUUUUGAUCCAUAAGGCCAUUUGUCUUAGUUAAAUUGGGAUAAUACAUCAUAAAAUUUAUAAAAUAUUUCUGUUUCUGCAA